AUGCCCGUGGGCCUCGUCGCCUCCCGCUGCCGCCGCCGCUUCGCAGCGCCCCCCGGUGGUCCGGGACACGCUGCCAGCUGUUUGCCCUCUCCGGUCGGCUCGGGCACGAGGGAGCACCGGGGGAAGGGCAGGGGCUCUGGGAGGAGAGUGCCCCCUACAGGCAGCUGCCCCUCCACGCCACUGCGCUCUGCAGGGGACUUGACCCCACUGAGGACCGCUCUCCAGCGCAUCCUACCCAGCAGCCCUUUCUCCAGCGCCGCUUCCAGCCCCGGGUCCCUGUACCACAGGCUGAAGAGGAGCUUCUCCUCAAACUCCUCCCGCUCCGGCAAGAGCACCAGCGAGGGCUCGGUCAGCGCGCUCUACUCCACCUUCCUCUGCGGCCUCUUCGGCUUCGACAGGGACCUGGUUCAGGAGGAGCUGGAUGAACUGAAACAGGCCUUCAGGGAGUUUGACCACGACCAGGAUGGCUACCUGCACUACAAGGACCUGGCGCAGUGCAUGAGGACCAUGGGCUACAUGCCCACGGAGAUGGAGCUCAUCGAGAUCAUCCAGCAGAUCAAGAUGAGGCUGGGGGGGCUGGUGGACUACGAGGACUUCUGUGACCUGAUGGGACCCAGGAUGAGGGCGGAGACGGCCGGCAUGCUGGGACUGCGGGAGCUCAGGUGCGCCUUCAGACAGUUCGACCUUGACGGCGACGGCCGGAUCACCAGAGCGGAGCUGCAGGAAGCCAUCAGGACUCAUCUGGGCGAGAAGCUCCACGAGGACGAGGUGGAAGAGAUUCUGCUGGACAUCGACCUCAACGGUGAUGGCGCUGUCGACUUCAACGAGUUCGUCAUGAUGCUGUCGUCACGGUAACGCGGCACCUGGACAAAGUCAUCCUG